AAAAGAUUGUUUUCUUAAUUUUGGCUUUUUCUUUUUCAGGAAUGAGGUGAAUACUGUUGAGUACUAGUUGUAUCAAAGCUAGUAUUAUUUCCUUCUGUGGAAGGGUCACUUGACCUGAAAUGUUAACUCUGAAUUCUCUCCACAGAUGUUGGCCUUCUGAGUUUUCCCAGAAAUUUCUAUCUUUGUCUCUGAUUUUAAAGCAUUUGCAGUUCUUUCAGGUUUUACUAUUAUUUCAUUCCAGCUGUCCUUUGACCUCCACGUACUGCACCUAUCCUGUCAGGUUACAGGAAAGGAAAUAAUAUGUGGGUCAUGGUUGAUAUGUGUCUUCCCUAUAUUUUUGCCACAAUAAGUUUAAUUACAGUGUUUGUUCUUUCCCCUGCCACACUCUACUAUUCUGGUUGACAUUGGCCAACUCCACUCAAAGAUCAAGCAUGGAUUUUUUUUACCUUAGUACCAUAUCAGUUGUUCUGAUAGGUGCAUCGUAUGAGAAGAAAGAUUUAUAAUUUCCCUAAAUUCUUUCCAUUAAUCAGUAUAUCUAACUUGUGCUUCAUGAAAACAUUUAGUAAACGUGUGUUAAUGAUUAUUUAUAGCUGUUGGACUUUGUUUUAAAAAAUCAUGAUGCAAACUGAUUUAUUUCAUUGAAGUAUUUAAACAAUUUGAAAUCCACAAAAUAAAAUGUUUUCUGUGUGUGUGUGUGUGUGGGCAGGCAGGCAGGUAGGUAGGUGUAUUUGGGACAAUGGAUCCAGAAGGCAAAUGUCCUACUCCUGCUCCUAAGUCUUAUGUUCUUAAUGCUUUAAUCUCAAAAUGAAUUUGGCUUUUUGGGAAAGAAGUUGGCUGUGGGCAUUUUUUUUUUUAAAUUAAGAAAUUGCACAACCUCAUCCUGCUUUUUAUUGGUGUUUAAACAGUGGUUAGAUGACUGUCUAGGAAUUCUAUCCUGUACCUGCUCUUACGUUAUUUGCCUUUUUUUUGAAUAGGGAGAUGGAGGAAAAGUGUUUUCUCUAGAAGUCGGUGUUUGGAAUAAAUUCUUCAUUCUUAGAGUUAUAUAGUGCUGUUUUGCUUUAAGAAUUGUCUCUACCUAUUUUUCUCUGUUCCUAUCCAUUCCAUAACAGUAUACUUUAUAGUAGAAAAAUUAGCCAUUUUUCAUCCAUCCUUUGUUUGCAGGAACAAAAUGAUUUGACAUAAUGGAACGUUAGUUUUGUUCCUAUCCCCUUCUUCAUCUGAAUAUUUUUCUUGAUUUAAUUUUUGUGCCAUACUCCCAUCCUGAUGUAUUAGGAUUAUUUCAAGUUAAAAGAGAAGCAACCACAAUGAAACUUUUCACAAAUAAAGAAUCAAAUAAGUUUGUGGUAAUGAUAACCUAUGGAUUAGCCUACAGGUUCAUUUGAGCAUGGUUGGCCACGAACAGAGCCAGUGCAGAAGGUUGCCGUGGAGAAGCUCAUUUUGGUCAUUUCCCACCACCUGUUGGCUGCAGAAAGGUGUUCAAGGGUGACUAAUGAGUGAAUACUCAGACCAUGAAUCCUCCUACUACUACUUUACUAUUCCCCAAAAAGCAAAGCGAAACAAACAAGGAAAAGGAAUAAACACAUUUACAUUUAAAUUGAUGGUUAACUUAAGAAGAAAUGUGAAGCAAUGUUAUGACUUAGGAAUUGAGAACCGUGAUGCUACAAAUGACCAAGUGACCAUCGAUGCUGCUGAAGCUAUUAAAAAAUAUAAUGUAGGAAUAAAAUGUGCCACCAUUACUCCUGAUGAGAGCAGGGUGACGGAAUUCAAGUUAAAGAAAAUGUGGAAAUCACCCAACGGGACCAUCCGCAACAUACUUGGUGGCACAGUGUUUCGGGAAGCAAUCAUCUGUAGGAAUAUUCCUAGGCUGGUAUCCGGCUGGAUCAAGCCAAUCAUCAUUGGACGUCAUGCAUAUGGUGACCAAUACAGAGCUACAGACUUUGUUGUGCCUGGUCCUGGUUCUGUUGAAAUUAAAUACAUACCUGCUCAUGGUGAGCCUGUCACCUACUGUGUUCAUGAUUUUAAAGAUGGGGGAGGAGUUGCUCUGGGAAUGUACAACACUGACUCCUCUAUUAGGGACUUUGCUCAUAGCUCCUUCCAACAAGCUCUCGCUAAAGGCUGGCCUUUAUACAUGAGCACAAAGAAUACCAUUCUGAAGAAAUACGAUGGACGAUUCAAGGACAUAUUCCAGGAAAUCUAUGAAAACAAAUACAAAGCACAGUUUGAGGCCAAAGGAAUCUGGUAUGAACACAGACUAAUUGAUGACAUGGUAGCUCAAGCACUAAAAUCUGAAGGUGGCUUCGUUUGGGCCUGUAAAAAUUAUGAUGGUGAUGUACAAUCUGAUUCUAUUGCACAAGGGUAUGGCUCACUGGGAAUGAUGACGAGUGUGUUGCUUUGUCCUGACGGUAAGACAGUAGAAGCUGAGGCAGCCCAUGGUACUGUUACUCGCCAUUACCGUAUGCACCAGCAGGGCAAGGAAACGUCAACCAAUCCAAUUGCUUCCAUCUUUGCUUGGACUCGAGGACUAUCCCAUAGGGCAAAGCUGGAUAAUAACUCUGAGCUACAGACCUUCUGUACUUUAUUAGAAGGAGUUUGUGUAGAAACUAUCGAAUCUGGUUUCAUGACCAAGGAUUUGGCUGCAUGUAUCAAAGGACUACCAAAAGUGCAACGCUCUGAUUAUUUGAAUACCUUUGAAUUCAUGGACAAGCUUUCAGAAAAUCUGAACUUGAAACUGAUAUCACAUAAGCUUUAAAACUGCAUAUGCAUUGUAGAAGGUACACUACGAUAUUAGAAUUAGCUGUCAACUGGUAGAUUGUCAUUUUUAAAAUAAAAAAUCCUAGAGAGAAUAAAAUAUAGCCAUAACUUGAAUGUUAAAAUUGCAUUGAGGAGCAUGAUUGUAUUUAAAAACUUUGAACACUUAUUCAAUAAUAAUAUCAACCCGUUUGAGUUACUGCUAGUUUUGAUCAUGAUGUUAUACAGAUUAUUGAAUGUAUUUAAUAGUGUGCUUACAUUAUAACACUUUUUCCAUUACUUUUGCUGGGUUGGGGUAUAUACAUAGUGCUUACAACAGACACCAUGUAAGAUGAAAUUUUAAUGCCUACAUAAACAUUUUAGAAAUGUGAA